AUGAGCGACCGCCGCCACAGCACCGCCGCCACCCAUCUAUACGCCCCAUAUCCACUAGCCACUGCCAUCUCCCCAGCCCAUCGCCAGAUCCAAGGGCGCGCCCCUCGUCUCGCCGUGCACCCUCCCUCGACGACCAUUCCCCUUCAGGGCUGGCACACACCGCUGUACUCGCUCUCUCCACUGAACCCGCUGCACUCGCUCUCGCACCACCACCACCACCACCACCACCACUACCAGCCGCACAAACUGCCCUCGUCCCUCCCGUUGCAUCCCUUUGUGCACCUUGCGCGCAUCGACCAAGUGCACCCCCACCCCCACGCCUACGCCUCGACUGCAUUGACCGCCACACCUGCGCCUGCGUUCUUGCCCUCGCCCUCGCCCUCGCCCUUGCCCUCGCCCUCACCCUCGACUGCAGCCGCCGUCAUCGUGUCUCCGCACUACAGCCCGCCACCAGAGCGGGAAGAGCCUCGGUCCUCGAAGCACAAGCCUGUUGACAAGACGGCGCUCACGCGUCAGCAGCUCGAUGGGCAUAAAGAGCAGGCGUCCAGCGUGCACACCCGUGCGCCCAACAUGACAUCCAAUGAUUUGCGGAACAGCAGUUCCGUGGCGAGCAAACAAGACGAUGCCAACAUCACGCCCCAGCGCCUCCAGCGCCCCUCCAUAGUCUCGCAGCACUCGAACUCGGUCCCCUCGACGCCCCUGCAGCUGGCCCGCAAGUACGAGUCACGCUCGCGCUCACCGUCCCCCAACAGUGGCUUGGGCAGCCACUCGCCACGCUCUGUUUCGUCCGAGGCGAACAGCACCAUGCCGACACUGCGACUUGGCCGACCCUUCAAGUGCAAGUACGAGACAAACGUUGGCUCGUUAGGACGGCGACGAAUGCCGUAUGAGUCGUCAGACAUUCUGGACAAGGCCAAGGAGGAGCCCAAGAAGACGCUGGAUCCUCACGAAGACGACAAACUCAGUGGCGACAUGCGCGAACUGUACGACCGGUUACAGCCGAGCCUGGAGAAUACCCGCAAACGCGACCGUUUUGUCCAGAAGGUGCAACACAUGCUCGAAAAAGAGUUCCCUGGAAAUCUAUCCAAGGUGCACGUUUUUGGCUCUUCAGGCAACAUGCUGUAUACGACGGACAGUGAUGUCGACAUUUGUAUACAGACGCCCAUGACCUCCCUAGAAGAGAUGCAUCCGCUCGCUGAGGCUCUCGACAAAUACGGCAUGGAACGCGUCGUCUGCAUACCGCAGGCCAAGGUGCGGAUAGUCAAGGUCUGGGAUCCUGAAUUGGAACUCGCUUGCGACAUGAACGUAAACAACGUAGCUGCUCUCGAGAACACGCGGAUGAUCAGAACGUAUAUUCAGAUUGACGAACGCGUACGUCCAUUGGCCAUGAUCAUCAAGCACUGGACGAAGCAACGUCUUCUCAAUGACGCUGGCAUCGGUGGCACCAUCAGCUCGUAUACUUGGAUUUGCCUGAUCAUCAACUUUCUUCAGACUCGAGACCCGCCCAUUCUUCCGGCUUUGCACAGCCUUCCCUUUCGAGAGAUCGACAGGAGCACGGGCCAGCCAUCACACUCUGGUUUCGCUGAUGACGUCGAUAAGCUCCGAGGGUUUGGCGAUUCAAACAAAGAAAGUGUGGGCCAACUGCUCUUUCACUUCUUCCGGCUGUAUGGGCACGAGGUAGACUACGAAAAAGAAGCCAUCUCGAUUCGACAGGGGAAGCGCAUUCCAAGAGAAGAGAAGGGCUGGCAUCCAGGAGGUGGACAGAAAGAAGGCACGAACCGACUUUGCGUCGAGGAGCCGUUCAACAUUGAACGCAACCUAGGCAACUCGGCCGAUGACUAUGCUUGGCACGGCCUACACCUUGAGAUUCGGCGAGCUUUCGAUCUGCUUGCUGAUGCACAGCAGCUUGACAAGGCAUGCGAGCAGUUUCAGUUCCCUGUCGAGGGGAAACCCAACCCUCUGCUUUUCCAAAAACCGACUUCCAAGAAGACAACCCUUACCUCCAGCGUGCCCAUUCGAAGCGGUCGAGGAGGGUCGAAUCAUCGAGGCGGAAGAGGAGGGUUCAAUGUCAAAGGACAGCACACCAACGGUAGCCGGAGAUCAUCUGGCAGUCAGCCUUUUGCGCAAGGGCGACCACCGUUUCUGCACAGCCCACCACUUCAGCAUGGUUCCGGUCAGGAGUACUUCACUGUUCCUCGAGGCAUCCAUGACCAGCUGCACGAUCAGCUUUAUCAGCAGUACCAGAUGCUCGAGAUGCAGUCGAAUUCCUUGCGUGCCCAAUUGGCCGCACAACAACAUGCCCAGCAAGCGCACCGUGCAGCUCAGAUGCAUGCCCAUGCUGUCGCUCAAGCACAAGCACAGCACUACCUACCCAGCAGUUCAAAUGGGUCUCCGCAGAAGUCGCCUUAUGUCAACAGGACAUCGAGCCCUAGAUUGGCAGAGAUUGGCAUUCCGCCAAACACGCUUCCACAGGGCUUCUUGUAUCAGUAUCCCGGUUUCUUCAAUGCACAGCACUCCGGCGCUCCUCAGGAUUCCGUCAGGACGAAUCCAUCUUCGCCAUCCCUGAGCAACAGCAUGCCCGGUGCGCGUCGAGUUGUCCACCGGGCUUCAAACGCCAGCGAUACCAGCGUCAACCGUUCGCAAUCCCAACCUGCCCGUGGAGUGCUUCAGCAGCCUGUGUUGGCUAGCUACCCACCGAUGCCCCAGUUCUACGACCCUGCUGCAUUCGCCGGGUAUCCUGUUGCGCGGUCAUCUCAAGACACACCAGAAACGCAGUCGACCUCGGACAGUCAAUCGAGUCCGCCGUCAAGCAGUGUGGAGCCAGCAGGCUCGACACUGUCCAGCACACCCAAGGAGUACAUGGGCUAUCAUGUUGCAGAGCAGCCCCCAGUACGAUCACUUCAAGACUAUGCCGUUGGUGCGAUACCAUCGUUCAGCGAGCUGGUUCAACGCAAAAGACGGGUAUCGUCGGAAAUUACCCAACCCCUUCUCAAUACUGCUUUGCGGCGAGUGUCCCGUUCACCUUCUCCUCUGCGUGGUCACGUUCGAAAGGAAUCGACGGGAGUGCCUCCAAUUUUACCCGCUAACGAGCAACGCAAGGCUCGUGUAGAUUGUGUCCGGCCUCCUCCUGAUUUUGGGCCUGUGAUUGUCAAUGGCUCCUUUUCGGUGCCACCUCGUGAUCAAUUCAAAAGCGAGAGGGGAGACUUUGUCCCGAAAAAUGAAAAUCUCGGCUCAUCGGCUAUAGGUCCUUAUGCUAGUCAACCGGACCCGCAGCAGAUCAAAGAACAGCAAAUCAGAGAGCUCCAAGCUCGGCAGCAACUUGUCCUGGAAGAGAUGCAGAGACAAAGCGCAGCAAACAUGAUGAGCAGCCCUGUUGUGAACGGAUCGGUCCAAAGCUCUGACCCAGCUGAAGCCAAUGGUCUAGCACGAGUGCCUAGCGAGGACCGGCAGCCCUUCCCCGAAGUGUCAGACGAGAUUAUGAAUUAUGACGCCAAGAAGGACCCGCAAACACACUUCGAGGACGUAUCUCCAAAGCAAGACGUGCCUCCGUGGCGAGCCACUGCCCUGCCGAAUGGUCUUUCGUCUCUCGACACUGUGAACGCACCUCGAGCUCCACCGCAAGAAAUCAAGACUGCGAACCUACCGCUACUAUCGCCGGUGUUUGAGAAGCGAACACCAUCGCCAACUGCCAACAGGCAGUCAGAGAAUAGUAAGCCAACUAAUGGCACCAAGGGACACAAAGAGCACCAUCAGCAAAGCCGUCGGGCGUCACUCCCGAAACAGUCGACACCGAGUAAAGACAAUGGCCGCGGCGUGCACAACAAGCCAAACGACAAAGGCCAGAAGGUGGGUUCAGCCAUGGGUAACACUGGCUCGUGGCAGAGCUCACAGAGCCGAAGGAAAAAGAAUGGUCGAAAAAGGACACCAGAGCAGAAGACAACAGGCGAGCCAUUGCCUGCCAAUGGUACAGAGCGCAAGGGUGGGUAA